AUGCGUGUGAAUUAUGUACUUUUGGCCAAUUUGGCCUAUCUCCUCGCAAGAGCCAACUCAAAGUUGAUUCCCGCGGGUUCCGUUGUAACGAAGAAAAUCGUGUUUACGAGCCCGGACACCACCGAAGCGAUUGAGGGAGUGUAUCUGCAGCAUGGCAAGAACACAUAUGUGAUUAUCCGUCUAAGUGGAGUUGAAGACCUGUCCACAAAAAUUACCACUGAAGACUAUUCAGCAUCACACGACAAGGAAGAGCGACACGCUCGUGUAAACGCUGACACGAUGGCAAAGCUCAAGCAGCAACUUCCUGGGGAGCACUACUCAUGGUGGAACUAUUUUCUACGUAAACUGUUCAACAAGAUGACCCCCGAACAGUAUCGUUUCGAUAAAUAA